AUGGAUGGACCUACAGUUAAUUUCGGCGAAGAGCUGAAGGACGCCUUCAAACCUGUCUAUGCAUGGACUGCGAACGGAAUCGAAUUUUUGGACGAUGCUCAAGCCUUUUACCGCGAGCGGGCAGCGUUAGAGAAAGAUUAUGCUACAAGGAUGAGCGCAUUAACUAAGAAGUUUCUUGACCGAAAGGCCAAAAAGGCCUCAAGUUUAAGCGUGGGUGAUACGCCUCAAAUGACACCUGGAAGUUUGGAAAGUGCUUCAGUAACUACUUGGUCAACAAUACUCACUAGUCACGACUCACUAGCGAAAGAACACGAUAGCUUGUCUAAUGCCCUCAUCACACAGAUUUCGGACCCCCUAAAGGCUAUUGCAACUCGAUACGAGGAAUAUCGAAAACUGUAUAAUACCCUAAACAUGAAGGUCAUGGCCGAUAGGGAUGGCGUAUACAGCGAGUUGAAGAAGAGCAAGGGGAGCUACGAUGCGGAGUGUAAGCAAGUUGAGGAUAAGAGAGCGAAAGUUGACAAAGCUUUUGACUCAAGUAAAACAAAAGCCGAGAAAUCUUAUAGCCAAGAGCUGAUAGAAAUGCACAAUAUUAAGAACACAUAUUUAAUAAAGAUCAAUGUUGCAAACCGACACAAACAGAAAUACUAUCACGAGGACAUCCCUGAUAUAUUAAACUCUCUCCAAGAUCUGAACGAGACUCGUAUCACCAAGCUAAAUGGCAUCUGGACCUUGGGUUGUCAGCUUGACAUCAAUUGCAGGCAAAACUCUAUCACUCUCCUCUCUGACACCGUGAAAGAGAUUGCUAGAAACCUCCCAGCCCUUGAUUCAGCCAUGUUUUCCAGGCAUAACAUGGGUGGUUGGGUCGAGCCAAACAAUUUUGAGUUCGAGCCGAGUCAAAUAUGGCACGAUACUAGUGAUAUCGUAGUCGAUGAUCUUGCCACAGUAUUCCUGCGGAAUAUCUUAGGAAAGAGCAGGAAAGAACUGGAGGGGGCAAAGGCUCAAGUAGAUGCGAGAAACAGGGAAAUCGAAAGCCUAAGAAAAACAAGAGAUAGCAUUAAACUCAAUGAAGAGAUGCAACUAAAGGAAGCCGAAGUUACCAGGAGUCUAUUAAUUCAUCAAGAGCAACUUGUUCCUCACUCAUCUAAACUUACAACCCUUCAGGUUGAAAUCAGCACGAUUCUCAAUGCUGUUGGGGAUGUUGAGCGUGGUACCCAAACCCAUAAAUUUAAAUCAAAAACUUUUACGAUUCCAACCACCUGUGACCUAUGUGGUGAGCGAGCAUGGCGUCUUACAGGUGCAGGCUUUUCGUGUCAGGACUGUGGAUACACUUGCCAUGCGAAAUGCGAAAUGAAGGUUCCUGCACAAUGCCCCGGUGUCUUGGAUAAAGCAGGAAAGAAAGCCCUCAAGGAGGAAAUGAAAUCUACAGCUCCUUCGACCGGAGGUGAUAGUGGUGUAGCAUUAAGCAGAAGUAAUACCAUGAACUCACUAUCGUCAUCUUACGCAGGAGGGGGCGGAGGGGCUACAGCGCCUCAGCGGAUGGGAUCAACUUUGUCGAGAACGACUUCUCCGGCUGCCAAUACACCCGCAGAAACCGCUGUUCCCGCCGCAUCAAGCUUGAAUGCAGUGGCUGCCGCUGCUUCUCCAGCAGUCCGGAGAAAUCGUGUCAUCGCCCCGCCGCCAGAACGCUAUGUUUCUGCACCGCCCCCAGAGGCGCCUAGGCCAUCGGCGGAGAAAGAUGAAGUAGUAGGCCGUAUGUUAUACGCAUAUUCUGCGAAUGGUGCUGGCGAGAUCAGUGUUGAAGGCGGACAAGAAGUUGUUAUUGUCGAGCCUGAUGAUGGUUCCGGUUGGAUUCAGGUUCAAGUGGGUUCCUUGAGCGGUCUUGUGCCAGCUUCCUAUGUUGAUGCUUCACCACCACCCUCAACGCCUAUAGAGGGCAGGCCUGACAGCAGACAUUCCUCCUCCAACGUAUCGAUUUCAAAUUCGAUAGUUGGAAGCAUGACAGGUAGCGGGACGAUAAAAAAGAAGGGGCCAGCUGUAAAGCCAAAGAGGGGUGCAAAGAGGGUGAAGCACGUUGAGGCUUUAUAUGAGUAUUCUGCAAGAUCGGAUCUUGAAUGGGAUAUGCUGGAGGGCGAUCGGUUUGUGUUAGUAAAGGAGGAUAGCGGGGAUGGAUGGUGUGAAGUAGAGAAAGGUGGAGUUACUAAAAGUGUGCCAUCGGCCUAUGUGCAAGUCAUUGAUUAG